UACGAUCAAGCUUUAUUGAUUGACGAAAUCAACCUUCGACUUUGUAUUGAAUCUAAUAUAAUCUUUGAUCAAACAGAACUCAGUCAUGAGUUUGUAACAAAUGUUAUACCUAUGGUUGAACGUGAUGAUGAAGAUAAAGCAUCAAUUGUUGCAACAUCAGAAAUAUCCUUUGAUUUUGACAACAAUUCUCGAAUCUCUUUAGAUACUAAAGAUAUGAUUGAGCAAAUCACUGGAGAAAUGGAUCCAUCAUAUGAUGAAACGUCAAAGACUCUAGUUAAGGAGAUCUUAAAUCAAGUUGUAAGCAGAAUCAGUUUUAAAUCUUCAACAGAUUUGAUUGAGGAUUUCCACAAAGAGUUAGAAGUUCAGAAAAUUAUAUUACUGGAAACUGCUUCAUCAAUUUUACCAAAAACUGAUAGUCUGUUAUCGAAAAUUAGUGAAACUGAACAGGAGGAUGCGUCGUGUUCAUCAACUUCAUCAAAAAAUAUAGCUCCUGAUAUAGCACAGUCGAGUGACUUAAGUUUAUCCAAUUAUACAUCCCGAUCGGAAUUAAAAUUACAUAUGAAAGUACCAUCAAACACACCUGAUGCUUUUAAAGCAUCUUUAAAGUACGCGGAAGAAGAACAAUUAAAAUUGACACAGAAAAUGUUAAAAGAAGAUGUUAAAGCUGACAUUGACAAAACUCUGCAGUUGUUAGAAACUGCCAAAAACAAACUAUUAACUUAUUUGAACCAGGGACAAACACCAAUUGACAAUGCAGCAAAAAUUAAUAAUGAUAAAAUAACAAUUGAUCCGUUUAAAAGUUUAGAAAACAAAGAGCUUUUUCCUGUCCCCUAAAUUACCAGAAACGCCGAAAAAGGAAGUAGAUUUUAAGUAUGAAGAUGUAUUUGCAUAUAAUAAAAAGAAAACAAAAGAUUUUUCAGACAAUAAAAAACCAAAACCUGAAGAAACGGCAAUUGUAGAAAUAGGUCCAAGAAACAAUCCAAUUCACGAACUUAAACACAUGUUCCUAGACGAAUUCAAGAAGCAAGUUGACUUUGUACCAACUGUAACUGAUGAUGAAGUUUUUGAUUUGGAAAAUUUGGCGCAUGCAAAUGUUUUCGUUGAUAACAAAAAAAUCAAAACAAUGAUCGACCGGUAUCUCACCCCAGAACAAAUCAAAGACCUUAAAGAAGAUGAAAUGAUUUCCCACAAUACAGAUAUCUUCGAGAAACGUUAUUCCUCUUCAUCUGAAUCUGCUAAACCGUCCAAAAUUACCCAAGAGAGACUCAGAGAUGAUAUUGAUAUAAUCGUACGGGAGUUAUUAGAACACAGCGCCGCAUUCCAGGAUUACGUCAAAGCCAAUGAACAAGGAGAUUCUACGAAUGACACCAUUGAAGAUGUCAAGUUUGUGUUGGAGAAACUUCUGCAACACGUGGUUGACGAGGUUUCUACGUCCGAAAAUGAUGCGCCUAAGACACCUCUAGAUUAUCAAUCGGACGCGCCGGCGACAGCGGGCCCCUCUCAUGGUUAACACAUCGCCUACGAAAGUGUGCGGUUACCGAGAAGAAGUCCACCAUCUCGGUACGACGAUGCUAUUCAAACGGACAGAGGAACUAUACCGGACCCUAUGCAAAAAUACAGACAAUGAUGGCCUUUUGGAAAAAUUAAUUAAAGGAACUAAUUAUUUAACCGAGUUAUACAAAGAAAUCUACUCGAGACCUUUGAAUUGGAUGCAGUUGGGGAAGUACCAGUUGAAUCCUUUUGCGAUGGAUACUGCAAAAGAAUCAACAAUGCCACUACUUCGCAAAUCAAAAAAGAUUAUUACCUUUGAUGAUAAACCAGACGCACAAACUAGUACAACCAGAGACAGGGAGACUGUAGAAGAAAAGUUAAAAAUGGUUAUAAACCCAGGAAAGGAAAGAGAGGUUAUAAAAGCAUCAAAAAUGCAAAAGCAUUUUGACAGUUCCCAAUGUCAAGAUCUUUCAUUAUCCAUAUGGCCAUCAUGGAAACGUGAAUGGAUCAAAAUUUUUACAGCAGAACAUGCUUCCAAUGAAAGGGAGGGUUUGAAACAGUUGUCUGAUUUGGUUAAUAUUAAACAAACUUAUAACCACUUUUCGGGAAUUGAUUUAAACAAUAAUAAACCUGUGGAACACAAAUUGGGCAGAAUUAAUCUAAAGAAAAAUGUACGGAUUAAUCCUCUUACAGUAAAGAAAGAGUUUAAUAUGCAUCAUAACCUAAUGGAAAUAUCUCCUGAAAAGUUACCGAAUGAUGAAAGUGAUGAUGAAAUAUCUGAGGAAAUUAUUGGUGCAACAAAAGUCCAUUUUACUAAUUCAGAUGAUGACGAACCGCAAAAGAAAGUGGAAAAGGUUGUUCCUGUGUAUCCAAUCGACGAUGCUAUUCCAGGUACCUCAAGAGAUAGUCAACCUAACCUAGUUUUAAUUCAUAGUGAAAAACAUUCACCCUGUGAGUCCGGAACACGCAUAGUUGACUUUGCUGAUCUUCCUUCUUCUGAAGAAAAAAUCUAUGAACCAGUAGCUGAUGUUCCAAGGAGGUUUGCAACAUCUUCAAUGGAACACGCCUAUAUGAAGAACCUAGCAGUGCUUCAGAAUAAAGUAGAUUGUUCGUCUUUAUCCAGCAUAUACUCAUCUUCUUCCUCAGAGGGUAGUUACCAAGUGUUACCCAAAAUAUAUCCACAAAAUGGUUUAAAUUAUAACACACCUUCAAUGGUGGCACAUUUCUCUGAUAUUUCAAAAGCAAAUCGUAUACCUAACUCAACCAGCACUAGUAUAGUAUCAUCAAGAUCCGCUGAUUCUCCACCGGAAACUGUAGAUUAUUACGCUGAUGUAGAUAACUAUACACAGAUUAUACCAGAAUUACGUCCUGAAUAUUUUUCAAAACCAGAUCUAAACCCUCCCGAUGAAGUGGCUCGAAUUGAAGAGAACGUUUUAAAGAAUGACCGGCUUAACCCGUUGAUUAGAAGUCUAUCUCUGCAGUAUUCUCAUCCUUCUAAUGCAUUAAGAAUGGGAAGGAUUAGUUCUUCGUUGGAAUCGUUAACUUCGACUACUUCACAUUCAUUAGUGUCAACCACAGAUGGAGAUUUUCGAGAAAGAUAAUAAAAAAUUAAAUAUUA